GGGAGAAGUUAAAGCCAGAGGAGAGGCAGGAAUGUCUGAAGUGGCAACGCUUCUCUCCAGCCAGACAGCGCUGGCCAAUUUGGAGUCUGUUUAUCCUGCAGGCCACGGGCUCUGGAUGAGGAACUUGAGGCACGUGACUAACCCCUGAUCAUUUCACCUAAAAGAGCAAGGACUAGAGUUUGACUUCCAGGCCAGUCCCUGAUCCCCGACUUAAUAACGUCACAUUUCAAUGGCAAUAUGUGUAGUACUUCCCUAUGUAUAGGUAGUAUAUACCUCUACGGGGGCCUGGGACUGGGCGGGCUCCUGCUUCUGGCUGUGGUCCUUCUGUCCGUCUGCCUUUGUUGGCUGCAUCGCAGAGUAAAGAGGCUGGAGAGCAGCUGGGCCCAGGGCUCCUCGGAGCAGGAGCUCCACUAUGCAUCGCUGCAGAGGCUGCCAGUGCCCAGCAGCCAGGGACCUGACCUCAGGGACAGAGAAGAGAGAGGCACCAAGGAGGAUCCCAGAGCUGACUAUGCCUGUAUUGCUGAGAACAAACCCACCUGAGCACCCCAGACACGCCCCUCGACCCAGGCAGGCGGACAGGGUCACCCUGUGGUCCACCCAAUAAAGACCGUGGUCCCCCCA